GUUAAGGAGCUGGCCUUCUUGGCAAGACAUCUGUACAGACAGAAAAGAACACAUGAGAUGAGAAAUGUGAACAAGAAAACACAAGAAGAGAGAGAGGAGAAGACAAAGUCAUUUAAGUCCUAAAGGCAACGCAAUGUAUUAACCUCUAAACCCAAAUAACAAUUAUUCAAACAAGCAAAGGAAAGUAUUUACCGCUCGCCCUAUCUGCUUUAUAUUACAGCUAUACACUAUAUAUACUUCAUCCAAACACUACAAUUUCUUCCCCCCUCCCCUGCUCUCUCGAUCCACAACUCUCUCUCUCUCUCCCCCUCCCUCCUGCUCUCUCUCUCUCUCGCACAACAUGGUGAUUCUUUUCAAAAGAAUUGCCCUCUUGCACAUUAUUCUCGUAAUCAUAGCUUUCUCUUUUUCAGGAUUCAAUUUCAUAACUCAAGUUCAAUCUUUUGGUAUCAACUAUGGCCAAAUUGGCAACAAUCUGCCUCAACCAGAGAAAGUUCUCGAACUUCUACAAUCAAUCAGAAUCACAAAAGCGAGAAUUUACGACACAAAUCCUCAGAUUCUAACAGCAUUCGCGCACUCUGGCGUAGAACUAAGUGUCACGAUUGCAAAUGACAUGUUAGAUGUUUUAAUGGAUCCCCAACAAGCCCUUCAGUGGGUAAACACUCACAUAAAACCUUAUGUUCCAGCCACUAAAAUCACCGGAAUAGCAGUUGGAAACGAGGUUUUCACCGGAGACGACACGUCCCUCGUGACUAAACUUGUGCCAGCCAUUAUAAAUGUUCAUGGAGCUCUCGUUCAGCUAGGACUUGAUCAAUAUAUUCAAGUUUCAACCCCUUCUUCUCUGGCCGUUCUCGCAAGCUCCUACCCUCCUUCAGCAGGCUGUUUCCAACCCGAGCUCACCGCAAUAAUGACACAGUUCCUGCACUUCUUGUCGACAACCAAAUCCCCAUUUUGGAUCAAUGCAUACCCCUACUUCGCAUACAAAGAUGCCCCUAACGGAAUUUCCCUAGACUAUGUCUUAUUCAACCCGAAUGCUGGAAUGAUCGAUCCGUACACAAAACUACGUUACGAUAACAUGUUGUAUGCUCAGGUGGACUCGGUUCUGUUUGCAAUGCUGAGAUUAGGCUUCAAUGCAAUCGAGGUUCGGGUUUCAGAAACAGGGUGGCCUUCGAAAGGUGACCAGAAUGAAGUCGGUGCAAAUGCGCAAAAUGCGGCCACUUAUGGGAGGAAUCUGUUGAGAAGACAAUAUGGAAAUGAAGGAACUCCUUUGAGGCCAAAGAUGAGACUUGAAGUGUAUUUAUUCGCAUUGUUCAAUGAAGACAUGAAGCCUGGACCAACUUCGGAAAGAAACUAUGGUUUGUAUCAACCUGAUUUGAGCAUGGCCUACAAUGUUGGCUUGUCUGGCUCCGUCAGUACGACCUCAACCUCGUCAACCUCUAGCUCCACAUCAACCUCAACCUCAACCUCAACCUCAACGUCGACUUCAGCACCAACUUCAACCGCUUCCAUUUCGCUCACAUCCUCGGCAAGUCGUCAUCACAAGGUGCCAAAGAUGGGCUAUCAAAGCUUGGUUUACUGGAUGUUUGUAUACUUGUCGGCCUUUCAAGUAUUAUUGAGAAUAUGAUUAAAUUUACAUUAUCUAGUACGUAGCUUGGCAGCGGAAAAGCGGGGUGCUCCUUUUUGAAUCUUUCGGCCAUCCAAAAAUCCGAAUAUAACAACAUUGAUAUUCAUUGAAAUACAUUUGCAUAUGCCCUAAGCAAGUGGUAUAGAGCUCCAUUUUCCUCAACUUCCAGAUCAUACUCUCUUCUCCGGCACUCUUCACGGAUCAAACUCGGUGAGCUCAAGAAUCGAAACUCGACUAGACAUCGUUAGCUAGAUGGAUCUACUAGCGAAGUAUAUGCAAGUUAUUUAUAUGUAAAAUUAGUGAAUCAAUAAGUCCUCAUUGUGCAGAAAAAUAAUGUAGUUAAAGAAUUCCAGAGAUGAUUCUUUGAUUAGAUUCAGAAAUUAUAUAAAUAUUUUCAUUGUUGUU